AUGGGUGACGUUUCUGUAAGCGAAGACACCCCAUUGUUGGUAUCCUUACCAGAGGCUUAUGAUGGGAGAAAUCCUGCCCGAGACUUGGAAGCUAACAAGCACUCAUCUAGAAAAUGGAGAUACAUAUGGGUGAUGGCAGUUGGACUAGUUCUGCUUUCCUUGCUUGUGGGAUUGAAUCUUCUCUUGAUGAUUCCAAAAGCCGAAGAAUUUGCCAACGAGGCGGUGAUAUUUGACCUCCAGGACAUUAAGCUUAUGGGCGUUUCCCCAAACGGAGUGGAAGUGGCGAUCAAGGGGAUGAGCACCAUCGACUACUCCCGUAUUAGCAACGCAUACUACAGGCACGUGCUUGGGAUGGGUGGUUCUCUCCUCCAUAAAUUGGAGAUCAGCAUUGCCGAAAUGGAAAUCCUGGUGCUGAACACCGAAACCCUUGAGGAAGCGACCCUCGGCUCUGUGUCAUUUGCCCCGUUCAACGUGGAAACGUCGGGGAACCGUGAGUCAGAAAUUGCUGUGCUCGCGAGCCUUAAGCCAGAUACACCUCUGGUUCUCCGAACGCUUAAAGGUUUGGUCCUGCACCCGUCCCAGCUGUACGAGCUCGUAGGAGGGUCCUCCGUAGGGCUCUACGCCUUGGGGGGCCGCUUGGGUCUUGGUCGGUUCCGAUUCUACUUGGCAGAGACUAUUCCUAGUAUGAAAUACGGUGCCGAAAACGUUUCUAUCGAGCAGUUCCAGGUAAUUGAGAACCCCGAAAGCCAGAGUUUCCAGGUAAACAUCGGCGCAUCGGUGGACAACCCCAUCGAUCGCCCGUUUCCAGAAUUCUCUCUUCCACACACGGCCUGGGAUGUUUAUAUCAACGAUUGCGAUAACUCGCCAACCAUUUCCCUUGUGAAUGUACUCACCCAGAAGGUGAAGUUGUCAUUCGGAGAGAAGGUUGCAGUGAAUGUGACCGCCUCCGUGGAAGACUUGCCCCCCGCGUUGAAUGAGGCAUGCACCGAUGACACCAGCCUGACCCCGCUUAACAAGUUUUUAAGCAAUGUGAUUAAGCACAAACAAAUUAACUUGUUGUUGAGAGCUGAUAAAAGUAACGUGUUCGGAGACUUGGAUAUCCCCAUCUCCUACGCCUUUCCCGAGGAUGGCAUUUUGCGCAAUCUUACGUCUUCGUUGUUGCACAACGUGACAAUGGAAAAUAUCGAGUUCAACUUCGACAAUGGCUUUGACAAACCGUUGAUCUCCGGAAAGGUGAAAGCGUUUGUCGCCCUUCCGGGGAACAUUAACGUCAGCUCUGUUUCGGUAUCCAGUAUCAGAGGGAUCGCCAAUUUGUUCUACCACGGAACCUUGUUCGGCAGAGUUCCGCUCCAGGAGUGGCAGACGUCCAGGUCUGAGUGGGCUAGCGAGGACGAAAAGUGGUUCUUGGUGGUGGAGACCGAUAUCGAUGAUGCCUUGCUUGAAAUUGUCAACGGUCUGUUAUUUGGCUCUUUGGCAAGCGAUAUCUUCACCAACGGUAAGGCAAAGGUGGAUAUCGAUGCAGUGGUGGAUGUUAUUGUAAAGACAAUGUUAGGCAGUUUGGAGAUCCACGGAAUCGAGGGCUCGGGCGACACCAUCAUCACCAGGGGCUUUUUCCGGGGGUAG